CCACACACGUGGGUCCGUCUGUGUCGCAGGUAAACAGGCUCUACGAGAAACUCUUCCCCUGCUAGUUUGGGUUCCGACAUACGAACAUGGCGUCCGCCGUGCUGAAGGUUGCAGUGGCAGGUUUCUCCAGGUGUUCUCGUCUCACACUCAUGAGGGCACAUUCAACGACAGCACCCCUCCAUCAGGGCGUUCCUGGAUCGCUCUGGAAGCUGGGGAGGCUGAACCACAUUGCCAUCGCUGUCCCUGACAUGGAGAAGGCCACGGCUCUGUAUCGGGACGUGCUGGGGGCCACGGUGAGUGACAAGGUACCCCUGCCCGAGCACGGCGUCUACACGGUGUUUGUGGAGCUCGGUAACACUAAGCUGGAGCUGCUCCAUCCUCUGGGGGAGAAGAGCCCGAUCGCUGGCUUCUUACAGAAGAACAAGUCUGGAGGCAUGCACCACAUCUGUAUCGAGGUAGAUGACAUUACCGCUGCGAUAGCCGACCUGAAAGCAAAGAACAUCAGAACUCUGUCAGCAGAACCCAGAAUAGGAGCUCACGGGAAACCGGUGAUGUUUCUCCAUCCUAAAGACUGUGACGGCGUGCUGGUUGAGCUUGAAGAAGCGUAAAGACCUCAGUCUGGCUGUGGGAGCUCAUAUAUUCCACAGUCAGUUUGAUCAUCACUAUGAUAACACGUUGAUUUUGUAAUAUUGGCUUUAUAGCACUUAGGUUUUCUCCUUAUUUCAGAAAUGUGCCUCAAAGUUUCACUGUGGUUCCAGUGCUUAUCUGUUUUCCUGGAAAUAAAUGAUGGGAUGGUGUUGUCAUUUUUUGGACAGUUUCCAAGAAGUGUAAAGUUCAUUGAAUGUUGUCUGUCUGUUUCAUUAAGCAGUUUCACAUAAACAUACUUUAGUUUUACAUUAAAGUAAGUCACAGUCUACAGUGCAUAUAAGAACGUUUAUUUUUU